GGCGGGGCGGGGCGGGGCGGGGCGGGCGCUAGGCCGCAGCAGCCGGGGCAGCGCGGGGCGAGGCGGCGGGCUGAGGCCGAGGCCGAGGCCGGGCCGGGCCGGGCCGGACGGCGCAGCGCAGGGCCCCGCGAUGCCGCUGCUGUUCCUGGAGCGCUUCCCCUGGCCCAGCCUGCGCACCUACACGGCGCUCAGCGCCCUGGCGCUGCUGGGCAGCGGCCUCAGCGCCUACCGCGCCCUCAGCCCGGCCCCCGGCGGCGGCGGCGAGGCGGACGGCGGCGCGGCCGCCGAGCGAGUGGAGUCCCCGCGCCGCGCCGCGGCCUUGGCCCUGGACGUCGCCUACUACCUGCUCUCCGACAGCCUCUGCGUCUGGGUACUAGUGAACACUGCCUGCUGUUUCCUGAUGCUGGUUGCUAAACUAAUCCAGUAUAUGGUGUUUGGUCCUCUUCGUGUUAGUGAGAGGCAGCAUCUCAAGGAUAAAUUCUGGAAUUUCAUUUUCUACAAGUUCAUCUUUAUUUUUGGCGUGUUGAAUGUUCAGACAGUGGAAGAAGUGGUCAUGUGGUGCCUCUGGUUCUCCGGACUUGUGUUUCUUCAUCUCAUGGUUCAGCUCUGCAAGGAUCGCUUUGAAUAUCUUUCCUUUUCUCCUACCACACCCAUGAGCAGCCACAUCAGAGUCCUGACCCUGCUCAUAGCCAUGCUCCUGUCCUGCUGCGGAUUAGCAGUCGUCUGCGGGGUUAUUGGCUACACCCAUGGAAUGCACACCCUGGCUUUCAUGGCAGCGGAGUCUCUGCUUGUGACAGUCAGAACUGCUCAUGUGAUUUUACGAUAUGUAAUUCAUCUCUGGGAUCUCAACCAUGAAGGAACGUGGGAGGGCAAAGGCACUUAUGUGUACUACACAGACUUUGUCAUGGAGCUAACCUUGCUUUCGCUCGACUUGAUGCAUCAUAUUCAUAUGCUGUUAUUUGGCAAUAUCUGGUUGUCAAUGGCUAGCCUGGUGAUUUUUAUGCAGCUGCGUUACCUGUUCCAUGAAGUUCAGCGAAGAAUUCGUCGGCAUAAGAACUACCUGCGCGUGGUCGGAAACAUGGAAGCUAUGUUUGCAGUUGCAACACCAGAAGAGCUAGCGGUCAAUAAUGACGACUGUGCCAUUUGCUGGGACUCCAUGCAGUCUGCACGAAAACUCCCUUGCGGCCAUCUCUUCCACAACUCAUGCCUGCGGUCCUGGCUUGAACAAGACACAUCUUGCCCGACCUGCAGAAUGUCUCUUAAUAUCACUGACAGCCAUCAUGUGAGGGAGGAUCACCAAAGGGAGAACCUGGAUGAGAACUUAGUGCCUGUGGCAGUAGCAGAAGGCAGGCCACGCUUGAACCAGCACAAUCACUUCUUCCACUUUGAUGGCUCCCGAAUUGCCAGCUGGCUGCCCAGCUUUUCAGUGGAAGUGAUGCAUACUACGAACAUCCUUGGUAUUGCACAAGCCAGCAACUCCCAACUUAAUGCUAUGGCCCAUCAGAUUCAAGAGAUGUUCCCUCAGGUUCCUUAUCAUUUAGUUCUACAGGACCUGCAGCUAACCCGUUCUGUAGAGAUAACCACUGACAACAUCUUAGAGGGGCGCAUCCAGGUACCUUUCCCCACACAGCGUCCAGAUAGCAUUAGACCUGCAUUGAACAGUUCUGUGGAACGGCAUAGUACUGAUCAGGAGGAUACGGAAACUGUCAUUCAGACUGAGAGAGUGCCACUUGAGCUCAACUCAAGACUGGAAGAAAUGGUGGAAUUCAGUGAAGUGGAAGCAGAACCUAGUGAAACAGAAGAUUUUGAGGCCAGGGGAAGUCGCUUUUCAAAGUCAGCUGAUGAAAGGCAGCGUAUGUUGGUUCAGCGGAAGGAGGACUUGUUGCAGCAAGCUCGAAAGCGCUAUUUAAACAAAACCUCUGACGAGGAGUUGAUCACAGAGAAGCCCUCUCCGUCUGAGGGCGCUUCCGCCGAUCUCGUCACCCUGCGUCGCAGAACGUUAGCUGCCGCCGCCGAACGGAGACUUCAGAUGCAACAAAACUCUUAGCGCUCGCUGCCCCUCCCUCUUCUCUGCCUCGUGAGCAAUGUUGAAUAAAUAUAUUAAAUACAAGGAAACCUGCGCUUUCUAUACCAGCAGGAAAGUGUCUCAUCAGAGUUCAGCUAGCUGUGCUGCUGAGUGAGCUGGCUGCCUCUCUGCUGUAUAAAGCAUGUGGUCUAAUAAUGUUUGGACAGCUGACAAAUUAACCUUUUUUUGUAAUAUUUUCUAUGUGAUGUUGAUCCCCUCCACAAACGAAGGCAAUUUCUAAACCACGGGCAUGAUUUCUGCAGCUAGCAUGAGGUAUUAGGCUGACUGCACAGCAGAGGCUGGGGAAAGAGUGUGUCCAAAUUAGUAGCUGUGUGUACAUGUCACAGAGGGCACUGGCAUGUUUAGCUUGAGAUCAGGGAGAGUCAUCCCAAGAAGGGAAGAAAGCUUAAAAAUUUGCAGCGAACCCUGUAUUAGAUGAGCAGGCAUCUGCUCUCAAGUUACUGUUCGUAUCGAGUGAAUGAAGUGUUACAUAGGCCAGCUUGAAGGGCUGGAGUAGUAUUCCUGGAAAGUGAGUUCUUAGCCUGGAUGGAAUUUGUCUAGCUGCAUAAAGUAGAAGAAAAUAAGACCGUGAAUUGUGCAGUGAAGCGCUAAUUCACACUGAUUCCAGUAUAAAAUUGUUUACUGUUCCUGGGCUUUUCUGCACUCACUGACUUCUAGCUCUGUUCACUCCCCAGGGCUGCACUAUUUUCCUUUGCCUUUUAUGGCCAGACACAAGUGGGAGACAGAGAGGAAUAAAGUGAAGAAAAGGGGUCACAAAGUGAAGUUAUUAACCCCUGGAUUUCAGUGUUACGAUAUGCCAGUGGGAUACAAUUGAAAGGCCUGCCUGUUCUGGUCGCUAGAGCAAUACAGAUGGGACUUCAAUGAAGAGGCUGGAGAUAGCUCUGGUAUCUUGCAUUUUAUUUCAUUUUUAACCCCACAGCGUCACCCUGAGUUUAUUCAGAAAGACUAGAAGAAUUGGGGCAGCUGGAUCUUAGGCUAGCUGCAGUCCAAUCUGCUAACCUUUUGAUUUUUCUAAAGAACUUUUGACAUGAGAUACACUUGGAACCGCCAAUGCUAGCUUGCAUAGUUGAGUUUUACGUGGCAGUGACUUAAUUUUUAAAUUUGAGGAAUGAGUUCUAGUAUCACUGUCCUUUAGAAGGAGCCCAGUAUUAUCUAGAAUUAUUGGUAACUUUUUUUUUUUACCGUUGGUUUUUAGGACAAUUAAAGGUGAAUUUAAUGAAAGAAGUUGCAUCAAUGUUUAGGUGAAAAUAAUUUAUUUCAAUAAAACUCUUUGGGAAGCCUUACUUUGCAAUGCUAUUAGUAAACUUCAAAGAAUUUUUUUGAGAUCUUUGGUUUUGCUCAGAGCACAGCUGUUUGUUUUUAUUGUUAAAAAAUAAAAAUAAAAUCUUGGUCAGUGUUGGAAA